GGUCAGUGUAUAUAAAGUAGCGCAGUGAGGUCAACUCGCCCAUUCUUGAAGGAUCACUGCUCCACUCCGGAUAUCAUUUAUCUUAUUCAAGAUGGCGAACUCCUGGACAAAUAGGGUAAAGUUUUUAGUCAGGUACAUGUACGACAUUGACAACAAUGGUGUUCUCGAUAAAACUGAUUUUGAAUGCUUGGCUGUCAAGAACACCAUUAUGGAGGGGAAAGGAUCCUGGGAUGCUACAAAGUAUGCUAAAAACAAGGAAGUUAUGAUAAACCUUUGGGAUCAGAUUGCUGAGAUCGCUGAUUUUGAUAAGAAUGGAGAAGUUGAUUCUGAUGAGUUCAUGAAAGGAGUAGAAACUGCUUGCAAGGGAAAAGCAUAUGCAGAUCUACCAAAUGCUUUUAAGUUCUUUAUUGAGGCUCAGUUUAGAACAAUUGACGUUGAUGGUGAUGGUUCAAUCGGUCUAGAUGAGUUCAGAUAUGACUGCGUAAACAGAAUGCCUGUCAAGGAAGUUACAGAACUUGAUGCUGCAUUCAGUAAAAUAAGCUUGGACGGGGACAUCACUCUUCCUAGAUAUCAGGUAUAUCUAUAUAAAACUAUUUAAACUUAAAUUACCGAUCUUAAAGAACAAGAC